AUGCUCACAGGUACCCAAGAGCUUCGCCACGGCAAGAAAGCGUACCCAGAGCCAGAUUUGGACGAAUCGAUCCUGUUGGAAAUGCCACUCUGGAUGAUGUUGCAGGGCUUAGAGAUCAAAAUUGACCCCACCAUGGCCGAACAGUCCAAUGGCUUGUCACUAAAUUUGGAGGUGAAGGAUACCAACGAGAAGUUCAACAUCAUCAUAUCACACGCCGUUCUGAUUUCCCUCCCAGUCGAUGUAUUACCCACCACUGCCCGUGCUACCAUUACCGCUGAUAGCAAAAAGGCGAUGAUAAAUGUACUAUCCACUGGUGAUACCUCAGGUGUGGCUAUCACAGACGACAAGACUGCCUUUGCCGAGCUGAUGGGAUAUGUCUCCACUGCGUCAGAUGGAACCUGUAACAUCAUUGAACCGCGUGAACACUAUAUUCCAAAGCCCCAAACUACAUAUCCCCAAUCACAAACUCUGGCAUCCACAGCAGAACCAGUCUCUUGUCCCACUAGUGAAGAUCUCUCUACAGGUGCUUGGGUAGGUAUUGUGCCGUGA